CCGCCUUUAUUCUUCCCCACCUCCCCUCCACCUAUCCGCCGCCUCCCAAUCAUCCUCCCCCACCCCUCGACCCCCGCCGCCACACCUCGUCGCGCCGCCACCACCGGCGAGAAGAUGGUCGGGCCAGGCCUCUACACCGAGAUCGGCAAGAAGACCAGGGAUCUGCUCUACAAGGACUACCAGACCGACCACAAGUUCACCCUCACCACCUACACCUCCAAUGGCGUCGCUGUCACAGCUACUAGCACAAAGAAAGCUGACCUGAUUUUUGGUGAGAUCCAAUCACAGAUAAAGAACAAGAACAUCACCAUAGAUGUGAAAGCAAACUCAGGCUCAAAUGUCAUUACCACAGUUACUGUUGAUGAGAUUGCUACACCAGGACUAAAGACUAUCUUGAGCUUUGCUGUUCCUGAUCAGAGAUCUGGAAAGUUUGAGCUUCAGUACUUGCAUGAUCAUGCUGGGGUUAACGCAAGCAUUGGUCUGACUGCCAAUCCUGUAGUCAACCUCUCCGGCUCCUUUGGAACCAAGGCUCUGGCAGUUGGCGCAGAUAUUUCACUUGAUACCGCAUCUGGGAACUUAACCAAAUACAAUGCUGGACUGAGCAUCACUCAUGAAGACCUUAUCGCAUCCCUGAACCUGAACAACAAGGGAGACAGCCUAACUGCAGCGUACUACCACAAUGUUAACCAAUUGACUAGCACAGCUGUUGGGGCAGAGCUGACCCGCAGCUUCUCGACCAACGAGAACACCCUCACCUUCGGCACCCAGCACGCUCUGGAUCCACUUACCGUCGUGAAGGCCCGCUUCAACAACUCUGGCAAGGCCAGCGCGCUGAUCCAGCAUGAGUGGAGGCCAAAGUCACUGGUGACCAUCUCGGCCGAGGUCGACACUAAGACCAUUGAGAAGAGCUCGAAGGUUGGGAUCGCCGUGGCCCUCAAGCCCUGAUUGUUUACCAAGCCCUUUUCUCUCUCUUAAGCCCCCAGCAUGUACUUCCUUCCCAGCUGAAAUUGGGACCAGGUCAGCUUGGGAAAACAAAACAGUUUGGGUUCCCGGCAUCUUUUGGUCGUUGCAGUCUAUUGAUUUCAUGAACUGCGAUGUUUUCUUGAGGAUUUUUUUUCAGUCACCGGUGUAGCACUCUGUUAAAUGAGCAACCGUCACAAUAAUUCAAGCUCGGUAGAAUUCUGAACUUGUUUUACCA